CAACUCAGACAUCGCUCUGCGCGCCAUCACUCACUCUAACCCAAUCCGCGCCAGUCUCGCGCUCUUUCUCAUUAACAUCCACUCUCCAGUCUGUCCAUCGAGCGAGUGAGAAAUCGGAUUAUCCUUUUUGCCUCUGUGUAGCGCUUGCAUGGUGAGAGGAUAGGAUGUGCGAGUGGAUGCUGGGUGGUGAGAGGUUGGCAGAACACUCUGAGGUAGAUGCUGGGGAGCAGUUGGUUUGAGAGCUUGUUAUUUUUUUUUUGGAUUCAAAAAAAAAAAAAAAAGUGACAUUUCAUCAGCAUGGCGCGCUUUUUUUGUUAAUUAGAGAAACUGUUUUAUCAGGUAUAUUUUCACGGAUUUUCACACCGCUAUAACCAGGAUACAAAAAAAAAUACUUCUAAAACGCAUGGCGGGAGCUUGUGAGAGCAACAACUCCAGUCCUUAAUGGCAGAACUUGAAGUUUGCAGGAAUCUGAGUUUGGAAAAGGUGGAGCGAUGCAUGAGUGUGAUGCAGUCGGGGACACAGAUGGUGAAGCUGAAGGCGGGAUCCAAAGGGUUGGUGAGACUCUUCUACCUGGAUGAGCAUCGCUCCUGCAUCCGCUGGAAGCCUUCACGCAAGAGUGAGAAGGCGAAGAUCACCAUUGAUUCGCUGUACAAAGUGACAGAGGGCGGCCAAUCAGACAUCUUCCACCGGCAUGCCGACGGCAGCUUUGACCCGGCCUGCUGUUUCACCAUUUACCAUGGAAACCACAUGGAGUCCCUCGACCUGGUGACAACAAAUGCUGAAGAAGCCAGAACCUGGAUCACUGGCCUGCGCUAUCUGAUGGCCGGGAUCAGUGAUGAGGACUCGCUGGCCAAACGGCAGCGAACACACGACCAGUGGCUGAAGCAGACAUUUGAGGAGGCUGACAAGAAUGGAGAUGGUCUCCUGAACAUUGAAGAGAUCUACCAACUUCUCCACAAACUGAAUGUCAAUCUGCCGCGCAGGAAGGUCAAGCAGAUGUUUCAGGAGGCAGAUACAGACGACCAGCAGGGCACGCUGACAUAUGAGGAGUUCUCCGUCUUCUACAGGAUGAUGUCGAUGAGACGAGACCUGUUCCUGUUGAUGAUGGCGUACAGCGACAGGAAGGACCAUCUCACAGCCGAGGAGCUGGCCAACUUGCUGCGCAACGAGCAGAAGAUGUCCAAUGCGACUCCAGAAUAUGUCGUAGAGAUCAUCGACAAGUUUGAGAUGUCUGAUGAAUAUAAACAGAGAGGCGUCAUGGGGAUAGAAGGUUUUACAAGUUUCAUGCGCAGUCCAACAUGUGACAUCUUCAACCCCCUGCACCAUGAGGUGAAUCAGGAUAUGGAUCAGCCUCUGUCGAACUACUUCAUCGCCUCCUCUCACAACACGUAUCUGACGGGAGACCAGCUCCUCUCCCACUCGAAGACUGACAUGUACGCCUGGGUGCUGCAGUCUGGAUGCCGCUGUGUCGAAGUGGACUGCUGGGACGGUCCUGAAGGGGAGCCGAUGGUCCAACACGGCUACACUCUGACCUCCAAGAUCCCUUUCAAGUUUGUCAUCGAGACCAUCAAUAAAUAUGCCUUCAUAAAUAACCAGUACCCAGUAAUCCUGUCCAUAGAGAACCACUGCAGCAUCCAGCAGCAGAAGAAGAUUGCUCAGUACCUGAGAGAAAUCUUCGGAGACAAACUGAAUGUGGGAGACGUACUGAGCAGAGAAUCCAAAACCUUACCCAGUCCUCACAGCCUGCAGGGCAAGAUUCUCAUCAAAGGGAAGCGUCUGCCUGCAUAUCUUUCUGCGGACGCUGAGGAGGGAGAGGUGUCUGAUGAUGACAGCGCCGAUGAAAUUGAGGACGACUUCAAGCUGAAGAGUAGUAAUGGCAACGGUAAUCCCCAGGUGGAGUCUCACAUCAGGAAGAAACUGGACUCACUGUUAAAGGAGUCUCGGAUCGGAGAUAAGGAAGACACGGACAGCUUCAGCAUCCGAGCGCUUCUCCGAGCUACGCACCAGGGCCUUCAGAAGAACCUGCGACAGAGCUCAAAAGGAGUUUUGAAGAAAUCCCAGAGCAGAUCCUUCAUCACAACACUCAAACAGAAGAGGCACUCCAAAUCCAGGCUGACAUGUCAAAGCGUAGAGAAGGAGGAGGACGGUCAGGAGCGGUCCGGGAGGGAGGCUGGAGGACAGUUUAACAGGGGUGGCAGGAAGAGGAAGACGAUGAAGCUGAGUCGAGAUCUUUCAAAUCUGGUGGUGUUCACCAACUCUGUCGCCUCACAGGAGUGUCUGAAUGAAGGUACUCCAGGUGAUGUUUUGUCAUUCAGCGAGACCAGAGCACAAUCCCUGGUCAAUCACAAAGCAGAACAGUUCCUCGCUUUUAACCAGAGGCAACUGUCACGGAUUUAUCCCUCAGCCUACCGCAUCGAUUCGUCCAAUUUCAACCCCCAGUUCUACUGGAAUGUGGGCUGCCAGCUGGUUGCUCUGAAUUACCAGACAGAGGGCAGGAUGAUGCAGCUCAACAGAUCCAAGUUCAUGGUGAAUGGAGGUAUUGGCUACGUCCUCAAGCCCCCUCCCAUGUGUAAAGGCUCAUUCAACCCAUUCUGUGAUGACCCGCUUCCAGCUUACCCCAAGAAGCAACUCAUUCUCAAGAUCAUUAGUGGACAGCAGCUGCCCAAACCACCAGACUCCAUGCUGGGGGACCGAGGAGAGAUUAUUGAUCCAUUUGUUGAAGUGGAGAUCAUCGGCCUGCCAGUUGAUUGCUGCAAAGAACAGACAAGAGUUGUGGAUGACAACGGUUUUAAUCCCGUAUGGGAGGAGACUCUGUCAUUCACACUUCACAUGGCUGAAGUAGCGCUGGUGCGUUUCCUUGUCUGGGACCACGACCCCAUUGGAAGGGACUUCAUUGGUCAACGGACAGUUGCCUUCAGCAGCUUAAUGCCUGGUUACAGACAUGUUUACUUGGAGGGACUGACUGAGGCUUCCAUCUUUGUGCAUGUGUCAGUGCAUGAUGUCUAUGGGAAGUGGAGCCCUCUAGUCCUGAACCCCAGCUUUACCAUAAUGCACUUUCUAGGAUCUAACAAGAGUAAUCAGCUGCGAGGUAUCCGGGGUUUCUUUAACCGUUCUUCCAAGACCUCUGUGGAUGCAAACUCUGAUGGCAUGCGGAAGCGCUCCAUAAGUGAUCACCUCCUGCGGCGUACAGCCAGUGCCCCAGCAAAGGGACGCAAGAAGACCAAGAUGGCACUUUCAGAGUCAGUGGCUUCGAUAUCAGACCAAAAGAAUGGCACAGGUGCAGAAGAAUUAGGAGAGGGCAUGUCGGGAAAGGAGGAAGGGGUGGAAAAGCGUCCACAGACCAGAGCCCCCCUCACCCACAGACCUAUCUCCAUGCCCUUAGACAGGCUUCUUCAAGGGCAGCUAUCUCUCUGCUCCCCAGACAAGGAGCAGCAGGGUAUGGGUGCAGACACUGUCAUCGGAGGUUUUCCCUUCAACCGGCCAAGGUCUUCCUCUUUGGACCCUUUCAUCGAAUCAUCCGUCUUUAUUGACCCAAGCAUGUCUUCCCCUUCAAAGACAUACACCAACAGAAAUAAAGAAUUUGACCCAUCAGAGGAGACUUCAUAUCUGGUUAUUGGUGGAGGAGAAGUGAAAAGGGAAGAGGAUUAUGCCAAUUACCAAUCGAAAGACAAUGGAGUCCAGAAAUGCAUGAUCAUCUCCACAGAAACAGAGAAAAACUGUUUCAUAUCACCUUGCACCAACAGCCAUUUGCGAUCAGAUAAACCAGAAACAUCAUCAAGCAGCACAACAUUCACAGUUGCAGCCUCAGUCUCCUCCUCCUCCUCCUCUGCCCUAUCCUCAGUAGCCCCGUUGUCCCCAGUCUGUUUUAAUUGUGAUCUGAGGAGUCCCAGCUCUUUGCAUGAGAGCACUAUCUCAAGGCUCAUUGAUGAAGUGUCCUUAGGCAAUGAGCAAGACACAGGUGGCUCUAUAUCUGCUCUGAUUGGUGAGUUUGAAAGCACAGUUGACCAAAACGAACUCACAACUUCAACUCAUGUUCCUUUCCCUUUGCCAGAUGAUUUAAAAUCUCCUCUGAAGACCAACACUGCAUCUCCAACAAAGAAACAAUUAAUAAGUCCCCGGAAAGUGGCUAAAAAAAUGAAUCAUGCAACUUGUGAGACCAAUUCACCCCACAAGAUUUCUCUGGCAGAGGCACCUGCAUCAACCCUGUUUUCCAGCCCAGAAACAUCUGAGAUUGAGGAGGUAUACACCAUACUGGAUGAAGAGGUGCUUUUGCCAGUAUCAGUCUACAACCUGAGGAAACAGACAGUCCAUGUUCAGGCAGACACUGUAGAUAACACACCCUCAAGCAGCUUGGGGUCCUCUCCAGCAAAGGUGAUUAAGGGUUCAGGGAAAGGACACAAUGUCAACGUGGGCUGGGAUGAUAUCCACAGGAGGAGGGACCAAUGUGAAGAAAUUGAGGAGAGUAUUUAUGAGGAGGUUUAUGAUCUCCCAGCACCAAAAACAGAAAUGAAGCAAGACAAUUCUAAAAGGUACACAAACUCUUCUGGUAACCAGUUUAAUUAUCGCCCAGCUGGAAAUUAUUUGAAUGAAGUGGAGAUAAAUGUUGAUGAAGAUCCAUUGGAUAAGAUGCUGACCUCACCAAGACAUGGCAGCCAAUGGGAGGGGUGUAUAAGUCCAACAAAACACCAUGCUAUUUACCAAAAUCAUGAGUCCACUCCUAACUACUCCCAACAACAACAGCAUUCAUUAUACCAUGAUCCUAAAAAACAAUACCCAUUGCAAGUAUCUAGUGCAUCAUUCUCACCAUGUCCCUCCCCAAUGCAUCAACCAUCCUAUCACCAGUCCAAUAACCAACAACAACAGAGCAACUCCCAUCCUUCUCCCUUCCACAAACAUGUCCACUCAAGACCCUCAAAACCUAGUUCCCUGCAUAAGAACAGCUACCCUGUUCCUCAUAGCAAUUCCGAGGUGGGCAACAACAGCAGAGACUUCAACAGUUCUUACAGACAACACAAUUGCUAUAGUAGCAGCCAAAUCCUAAGCAAGUCGUUUCAAGACAGGCUUGGGUAUAAACAGAUGGAGAGGGAGCAAGAAAAAAGGUGCUUCCACAAUGGUUUGUCCUCUUCUGACAGUCCCCCUGUCCAAUCUGCUGUAAAUAUCUGUAUGGACAGAGGCCUAUACUCCCCUUCUACAGACAGUGAAGCAGUGUACAGUUUACCAGACUAUGAUUGCUUUACUCCCCCGUCAGAGCCUUCAGCUCCUCAAAACACACAACCACACUGCCAAAGUCCAACCGGAUCAUACACCCCAAAGCAGUCAUGGAAUCAAAAUACUUCCUUGACCAAUAGUAGGCACCAGACACAGCUUGAAUCCAGAGUUUCCCUGAAUUCUAAUUUAGGCCCAUUGUCAACAAAACCCAAGUCUAGCACCAUAGAGUCAACAGGCCCCAGUCCAUGUAAGUCCAAGUCCCUGGGAGACCUGACUUCUGAAGACAUAUCAUGCAACUUCCAGGGCAAAUACCACAUUAUUAGUCGCAGUUUCAUAACUCCCCAAAUGAGGAAGCAAAAACGGUUUGGCACCAUGGGGGAAGUACAUUUCCAGUCCCAGUCUUGUGAUCCCCUCACAGAACAGCUACGUAAACUGGUCAGUCUGGAGGGGGAUGAUAGUGACAGAGAAAGACCUCAGACGCCUCAACUGUGCCUGGGCACUAAACUUGCAUCGUCACAGCCUCAGGCAACAAGUACAGCUCCAGUCUUACCCAAAAAUGUAGAUGAUUCCCCUCCACUCCUUACCCGCCGCCUCUCCUCUCGGAGCCAAAGCAGAGUGCGUCACAUCAACAGUCGUGCCCGUGAAAGACAGCAAGAGGCUCUAAAGCCUCGGGCAGGUGCCUUGAUCAAUAGCACCACCAGCAUGGGUGGGGUGGUAUUGAGGAACAAACCAGCCUCACAGAAUCCACCAGUUAACAGACACUCUACUGGUUCUUACAUAGCAGGCUACCUUGGUCAGCUGGAGGACAGGGGACUUCCUGAAGGGGCUUGUACAUCAUUACAUUAUGGAAAAGGGGAUCACUAUGGAGAUCACUACUAUACUGAUGACUCUCUUCCAGCUGCUGACUCCAACAGAUCUGUGUCGGAGCCUGAAGUCUACUUUCUGCUCAGACUCUAGCUAUGUCCAUAACCUAUUAUAAUAUAAAUGAACAAGCAGGCAAUCCUGCUGAUGUUCCUAAACACCAAAAGCGAGAUCAGAAAAGAAACACUUCUCAUAUUCACAGACCAUUAGGUCUCCAUAAUAUUUGGCUUUUAAUAGAGAAGGACAUAGUCCACAAAAUGUUGGUGAAUCUUCAAACUAAUUCCAUGGUUGAAUCUGACAGCAUGAAUUUCCUGUAUGAAAUGUGCACUAUUCAAUAGUGAAUGGUCUUUUUAGUCUGGAAAUGUAUUGUGUAUAUUCUGCUAAAUGUGUAAAUGUACCUUGGAACGUUGAUUCCCUCCUACUGGCUUCAUAGACUGAUUGUACAGAUUCUUGUUAUCUUUGUCCGAUUGAUGUCUUGUCCAAACUGCAAACAUUGACUAUGAAGCAAAUAUGAAUAAUUGGGCUUUAAGCAAAGAGGGAAUGUUUUUCUUUGUAGCAUUUGAAUGUGCAGUGUAACGAAACAGCCACUUCUAACAGAUUUGAUUAAUCUUUAAAGAUCAAAUGAAAGUCUUCCUGCUCUUUUCAGUGUUAAUUAUUUUAUUUGUGUAACAUGUACAUAUAUUUGUCUCUCUUCUUGAUCUGAGAUUGGCUCUUAGUUGAGAACCAGUUCCAACUGUACAUAAAUAUUUGUGCAUGUUACCUGUGAACAUGUCAGGCAUGACUAUGCACCAAUUUUUACAAUGGAUGUUGCAUUGCCCAAAAACAUUUGCACAGAACAAAUAGUUGCAUUGGAUACAACGGGGGAGAAAUAAUUGUUUGUAUUGAGUGCAUUACAAUACACAAACUUCCAUGCUAGGACAAGUUACUCAAUAUGAUCUGUAGACUAAACAUUAUUGCAAAUUUUAAAGAUUUUUAGUUUAAUGGUUUUUAUUUUUAUAAUUGCUUUGAUACAGACAGCAAAAAUAAUCCAAAAUGUUUUGUUGGUCAUGGUUAUUUUAUUUUGUAUAACUUAAUAGAAUAAAAGGUAAACUUUGACAACUAUAGAGGGUGAAGCUAAGGAAGGCAGGGUGGCAAAGGACCUUUUUUUUCUUCAGUGUUCCUUUUUUAAAUGUAUUGUUGUCUAUGACUGUGAGCAUUUUCCUACCAAUGCAAUAAAAAAAAUGAAAAUUUGAUUUAAACAAAA